CAUAAGCUCGUUUUCUUCCUCUUCCUCGUCAUCAUCAUCAAAUCAUCAUCUUUUAUAGUUUUUACCAGCCCUUUUCUAAACAAUGGCUAUUCGUUCCUUGAUUUCAAAUGGGAGGCAAUUCUACAAGCUUAAUUCGUUCCUCAACAAAAACCAAAGAGAUGUGCCUAAGGGGCAUGUGGCAGUUUAUGUGGGAGAAGUUGAGAGGAGAAGGUACGUGGUGCCGUUAGCGUACCUGAAUCACCCUUCGUUUCAAGCGCUGCUGAGACGGGCUGAGGAUGAGUUCGGCUUCAACCACCCCAUGGGAGGUCUCACCAUCCCCUGCAGCGAGAACGCGUUCGUUGAAGUAACUUCAAGAAUGCAGCAGCUAUGGCAUGCAUGAAUCAAGCUAGCAACAGCUUUAUUUUACACAUUAUUUCUGUAUAUAUAGACUCUAAUGUCCAAGUCCAACCAUUAAUAGAUGUAGCGUUGUGGACGGACAGGUUCAUGUAGUUAGCUAGUACAAGGCCUUGUGGUGAAGCUAGCAAUCUUUUGUGUAUUACUUUUAUCAGCUAAAAUGAAGUUCUGCACCCAUUUUUUCA